AUGACGACGGAGAUCGAGCCACAGUCACUGCAAAAGAUGAAUCUGAAAUCAGUAAAGCGAGCUCUUGAUCUUUUCUCCCCCGCUCGUGAUCAUAUACGUAAGUCUGACCAUAACAAUGAGCAGAUAGCUCCAUCCAUUGCCCUUCCAUGUACAGAAGGAGCCAAGGAAGUUCAAAAGGGCGUAACAGAGAAAGCUUUAGCUGUUGUUGGUCCAGCUUUACCGCCAAGAACCUUGAACGACAACACUGUUCACGCAGGCAAAGGCACCACUGUUCUUCCUGCAUUUGGAUCCUCAUCUGAAAGGUUCUCUUCAUGGAACCUGUCAACUUCUGCUUUAAUGGAGAGAAUACCUAGUAGAUGGCCCCGUCCAGAGUGGCAUGCGCCAUGGAAGAAUUACAGGGUGAUCCAGGGGCACUUGGGCUGGGUUAGAUCUGUUGCAUUUGACUCAAGUAAUGAAUGGUUUUGCACUGGUUCUGCUGAUCGUACCAUUAAGGUAUGGGAUGUAGCGAGUGGAGUUCUGAAGCUCACACUUACUGGACAUAUUGGGCAAGUACGAGGCCUGGCUGUAAGCAACAAAGAUACCUACAUGUUCUCUGCUGGUGAUGACAAGCAAGUCAAAUGCUGGGACCUUGAGCAGAAUAAGGUUAUCCGAUCUUAUCAUGGUCACUUGAGUGGAGUCUAUUGCUUAGCUUUUCAUCCAACUCUGGACGUUGUACUAACCGGAGGGCGAGACUCUGUCUGCAGGGUGUGGGAUAUCCGUACGAAUAAGCAGACGUUUGCACUCUCGGGACAUGACAAAGACGUUUGUUCCGUUUUCACCCAUCCAACCGACCCACAAGUUGUUACCGGUUCUCAUGAUUCGACCAUUAAAUUUUGGGACCUUCGAUAUGGUAGAACAAUGGCAACUCUAACGAAUCAUAAGAAAGCUGUCCGAGCAAUGGCGCUUCAACCGAUAGAGAAUGCUUUUGUUUCUGCAUCGGCUGAUAACAUCAAGAAGUUUAGCCUUCCUAAGGGAGAGUUUCGCCACAACAUGCUUUCUCAGCAAAGAGCCACAAUCAACGCAGUGGCUGUUAAUGAGGAUGGUGUAAUGGUCACUGGAGGUGAUAAUGGAAGCUUAUGGUUCUGGGAUUGGAAGAGUGGUCACAGUUUCCAACAGGCAGAAACCAUUGUACAGCCUGGUUCGCUGGAGAGUGAAGCUGGUAUAUAUGCAGCGUGUUACGAUCAGACGGGUUCAAGGCUGGUAACGUGUGAGGCAGACAAGACCAUAAAGAUGUGGAAGGAAGACGAGAACGCAACUCCUGAAACCCAUCCUCUUAACUUCAGACCUCCCAAAGAGAUCAGACGCUUCUGAGGUCUCUCUCUCUCUCGCACACCUCUCUAGUUAUCAUCUCAAACUCAAGUCAGAGGAAUCACUAAUCUUACAAAUAUAAGAUGCUUUUGCCAGUUUCUCCUCAAGAUAAAGUCAUGUUAAUUGUAGUUUUGCAAGAGUGUUGAAGCCAUUAUUAUGGACAAGGGCAUCUCAGUAUGAAGAUUUUCUCCAAUAAAUAUGAUAAAUAUACCCCAUGUUUAUGAAUUAUUAUGGGCAUCAUAUGAAAUUAAUGGUCAUAGAUGACAAUCCACCACUCGAGUGGUAACCGA